GGAAAAAUGUUGGGCUGGGCUUUGGGUCGAAAAGCAUACCUGUCAGAACUGGCCGAAAUAAGAACUCUCGGUAAUUAUCCGUUAUAUACCCACAAACGUGCCUGCCGACUUUGAUAGGCUAAACUUUUUUGGGCUUGAUCCAAUUCACAUGAAAUUUAUAUCCUUCGAUAGCCCUGAUAAGCAGAGAUAGCAAAAUGGAUAGUGUUAGACAUUUUUCAUUUAAAUUAACCAAUCUAUCACGAAUGAUAGAUCCGCCUUUACAAGUUCCGCUUUUCAUUUUUUCCGCGCUCCUCGGCCUUCGAUUUUUUAAUUAAUAAAGAAAGACCCUUCUCCAAAAUUAAUAAAAAAGAAAGGCUCCUUCCAGAUAUCUGAUAUCUACGUUUUUAUCAAUCUAAUAGAUAAUUUAAUAGUUUAAAAAUAUUAUUUAGCUAACAAUUUUAAUUAAAUUUGAUAGUUUAAACUUAAAAUUAAAAUGACAAAUAAUAUCCAAAUAAAUAAUUCAAUUCCUUCAAAUUUAAUUCUUUCAAAUAAUUAUUGUGAAGAGGAAAACAAAAAUACUUUUAAUUUUGAUAAAUUUAUUAACCCAAAAUUAAAAUUACAAUAUAUAUUAGAAUACAAGUGGAUUACUUUUGGUUAUAUAAUUAAUGAAUUGGCUAAUGGAAGUAUUGAAUUUAGAAAAAUUUUAGAAAAUGGGGGAUUCGUUGAGAAGGUAAAAUUUAAAAAUUUGGUUAUGCAUAUUUUUAAUAAAAUUUAUAUGGAUGAAUUUUAGAGCUUGGAAGAGAUAUGGAUAAAUAUCCCUCAAAUCCAAUUCCCCGAUAUCCUAAUCGAUCCCCUGAUGUCCUCUUAUUCUCUCGAUAUCCCUCGAUGUCGCUUUUUUUCCUUCAAAUUUCAGAAAAAAAUUUUGAUUUCAGAUUUCCGACUUUUGAGCCAGUUCCAAUUUUCGGCUUCUUCGAUUUCCGACACCUCGUAGAAUCUGUGGUCCGUUAUUAUGGAUGUGUACCAUAACUCUGUGUGAGUAGAACUCCAUAUUGUCAAAAAAUAUUUUGCGGGAAUAAAGUGAACCUAUUGAAAUAGACUCAUGUAUAUAUGGGAGGGAG